CGUAUGAACCACAUUAUUCCAUGAAGAAAGACCGUAACACCCAUCUUGGAGAUGCAAUCAGAGAUUGGGAGGGUUCGUAGAUCGUGAAUACUUUCGUUCUGUCCUAACGGAGAACGGAGAACGACAAAUGCCGAUCUACCUCACUCUUGAGCCGGCUCACCGCUGGCAAGGAGGUAUUUUCGACAGAUGCACGCAGCUCCGCCGGCGGCCCAUGUGCCCUUGCACAUCGUCGAUGCGAGUUCGCCAGGUUACUGAAUUGUGGACGUAAGCGCCGCCGAACAUUUCCAAGACACUGUCAAAAGCCCCCCGCAUGGCGGCCCGAAGAGCGUGACUCGAGAUCCUAACAUGGAGGCUCUCGCAAUUUAGUUUCCAACGCAAGCAUACUGCCGAAAACGUGGGAUCGAGACAGGAAUGUUGGGAUGUCCGAAUAUGAAAUUCGUGCCGCCGAGCGCGAAAAGAAGCCAGAUACACAUAUAAUGAUCUGGAAAGAAACACCCAAGGUUUAGUCAUUUCGGAGUCUUCCAUGCGAUGCACGUCUGGCACUUGCAACUAGGAGACGUUCCAAACCACUGGCAGGAAGAAAACAGGAACAUUCCACGCCCCGUUUUCCUUUUUCGGUUCCCGGUCCAACGUGUGUGUCAUUCCGAUGCGGCUCCUGCUGCAAAUCACACUCCGAGUCGUCGAACCAAUCAGGCAGAAACGCC